GUUCUCUUCCUUCUCUGUUCCCCUCCUCUGUCUUCCUGCUUCUCUCUUUCUGUUUCUGUUCCUCAGUCCACCCUUCUGUCUUCUUUAACUUUGCCAAAAUGUAUCAGAACCAGUGGAUCACCAACUAUCUCAGCCAUGUCAAGUUCUGUCAAGGCAUCACAGGGGAGACCACCACCAAAGUUGGCAGACCUAAAUUACAGCAUAGGGCUCUUAGUUUCCAGAAACAGUUCUCGUUUGAGGACAAAGAGGAGGUAGCCCAGACCAACAAGGCCGUUGAUGUCAAUCCCCUGGCCAGUCUCCCCAAGGUCUCAGAGUUGAGGAAACGUUUUGAAAGCAUCAGCACGAGCCAGAGUGACUGCUGGGACAUGAACAGGAAAGAACGAAUUGCACGGCGGCUGGAGGGAAUUGACAGCGAUAUUCAGCUAUCCCUUCCAAGUGCUGGUCUGGUGACCCAUCGGCUGCUGGAGGAGGACACGCCCAGAUACACCCGCGCAGCAGACUCAUGUGAUCCAUGCACAGUUCCUCUUCAGCACUUUGGUAAAGAUGACCCCGGGUUGUCAGACCUUCAUGGCUCCCGGGCCCACACUGACCCUGUGUAUAACCCUGGCUCUGUGGAGACUGCAGGGCAGGAGUCUAAAGCUGAGCGCAUCGCCCGCUACAAGGCAGAGCGCCGCCGGCAGCUGUCCGAGCGCUACCGCAUCCUGCUGGACGAAGAGGCUGACGCAGACUACAGCAGCCACUACUCCAGAAUUCGGAGAGAGCCUGAGGGGUCCGACCGGCAGCACAGGCUGCAGGUGGAGGGAGUAGAGGGGUUAGAGCAUAAUGCCUACACCUCCCACUCUCGCGCAGAGCGACCCACCACUCAGACCAGGACAGAUCAGGAUUACAGCCGAGAACGGGCCGGGUCACUGUCUGAACAUGAGAGGAGGAUGAAUCUGGAAAACCAGCGGAGGGCACAAGACAGAGGAGGAGUGUGUGGAGGAGGCGGAGCAGCUCCUGACCCCUCCACAACUUACAUGGACACUUCUGGGUGUGCCAAAGCUCCAGCGAGAGAACAGGUGGUCACAGGGGUCCCCAGCUCGCCCAAGGCGGGCCAAACAGUCAAACCAGCUACAUCUCCUGGGGAUUUUUUCAUCGAGCAACAGGCCCACAAUGUUCUGCACAGACAAGGCUCCCCUGGCCAACCAGCCAGUCAAUGGUCACUCCAGACUGACUCAGAAGGAGACACCAUUUCCCCAAUCAACUGGCCCUCCAGAAUCCGAGUCAGGGAGAGACUGGCUCGUGAUGAGCUGUCACACAAAGGUCCUGAGCUCAGCUCUAGAUCAGAAGCUCCAGUGUACCGCCGUCACACACAGCCUUUUCCCGGAUACCAUGAGCACUCAGCCUACCAGGAGCAGUCGAACCCCCGGCUUCUUUACCAACCUUCCCAGCCACAGCACUUCCGCGCUGACCGCCAUGACCAUGGCUGCCAUGGCUACCUAUCCAUGGGCAGUGAGCCUGCACCCCAACCAUGGCCAGAAUCAGAGGCUGCAGUGGAGGAAGUGGGGAGUCAGAGGGAGGGAAGGAGGGAUGUGAGAGCAGAGGGGCUUCUGCGGAGCCGGAAGGCAGUGUUGCCCUCAGAAGUUCGAAGAAGAGAGAGAAGCACAGAAGACCAAAACCGUGGAAGAUCUGAGCAAGUGGACUUGACCUCGCAACACCAGGGUCGUUCUGCAUCCAGCAGAGAGAUGAUGGAGGACCUCAGAGGGAGGCGUGGAGGAUGGUCAAGAAGGGAGGAGGUCACUGAGCAUGUAUCUAGACUUCAGGCAACUGAAGCAAUGCAUUUAAGAGCCAGACAAGCACAGGAAAGAACGGAUGGUUGGCAUCACCAACGAGGAACCAGCUAUCUGCCAGCUCACGCCACGGUCCAAGCACCUGCUCCACCAGUCAGUGGAAGAUGGGCUCCAGAUCCAGCCAAACAUGUAACCCAGUACAUACCAGACACAAGCAAUGCCCAAACCAUGCCUGUGCAUUCAGUACCCAUCCAGGAACCCAUCCACAGUAGAGAGGCUGUUCCUCAAGAGGCCAUCAUCAAUGGAGACCACUCACCCAUUGACGUGAAGGUUUCUGUAGCCCAGCUCCGUCACUCUUACCUGGAGAGUACCACAAGCACCCGCAAACCUGAACAGGUAGAGGGAUUGCCUGCCGUUACAGAGGUUCCUUGGAGAAGUCAGAGAACUGGGAACAGGUCCCGUCGCCCCCGGCGAUACAUUUCUCCCACUGAGGAUAGAAAGACCUCAGAGAGGUUUAGAACUCAGCCGGUCACUUCAGCCGAGCGACUGGAAUCUGAUAGGUCUUGCCCAGUCUCAGAACCGCAGGUCACUGAAGUGGAUGAGGAGAAGUUGGAUGAGAGAGCAAAGAUGAGCGUUGCUGCCAAGCGCUCUCUCUUCAGGGAGCUGGAGAAGAGUGUGGAUGGGGCAGCUUUAAAGCCACACAGUCAUAACGCUGCCUUAGCACGCAGACUGAGACGCAACCAGGAUCGCUACCGCACCCAGCCUGUCACAUCAGAGGAAGUAGUCAUCGCUGCUACUGUCCCUGGUCCUUUGUCACAGACUGUGUCUGUUCAUUCUUCAGUAGCCCGUGUUCCUAGUCCCACUGUAGUCAACAGCACAGUCACCAGGCACAGCUCUAUGGUGGUAAGGGAGCAGGUAAAGAAUGCCCGACAGCAUCUGGAAAGUUGUGAUGCAGAGAAAAGUGUCCACACCGUCCCUGCAGAAGGUCAGGAGGAACCUGACCUGUCCACCCUCAGCCUGGCAGAGAAGAUGGCUAUUUUUAAUAGGCUGACGCAGCAGUCCUCUUUCAGCCCCAUCACCCGCAGAGACAGCCGCUCCCGCCGCAGUAACGCCCGCUACCAGACCCAGCCCAUCACGCCUGGAGAGGAUGGCUCGGAUUCUGAACCUUUUGAGGAGGAAAUGCAGCGCUCAGAUGGACUGAGUGAUCUGGACCAUAUUGGAGGCGGAUCUCAUUUAAGUACCGCCUCCUCCCUUAAAUCCUCUACGGUUUCUACGGCACAUGCUGGUGACAUCCAUCUGACCACACCCAUGUCCACGGCCACCUAUGAUGAAAGGGCACUACCCCCUUGGCACCAACCUCAGCCUGCUACAGUGGUCCAGAACUGGAAAGGCCCCUGUGAACCAUCUGUAGGCCAGAGAGAGGAGCCCAGCCUGGCCACGGGGAAGAGAAAACUGCCCUCUCCAGAGAGUGUGAAACAGCCAGCCAGAGAGUGGGAGGAGCAAAGGGGGCACAGCAAGGCUGCUGUGACCUCUGAGCUUCAGGAGACAGAUGGUCAACAGAGGUCAAAAACAGCAGUCUCAGGUCUUCCUGAGCAGGCGGUUUCAGCGCGAGCUGCAUCACAGCCCUCGUCCUCAAACUGGAGCAGUGCUCUUACACAGCACACGCACGCUCACACACACUCCGUGCAGUCCCCAGAGUCCAGCAGAACCGUCCCUGAGGACAGGGAGAGGAAACGAGAGAGGGAGAAAGACUUCCACACCGAAGAGGCAGACGAGCUUUCAGACGACAUGUCAGCCCGGCAGAUGUCCAUCAAAGACAGACUGGCUCUGCUGAAGAAGAGCGGUGAAGAAGACUGGAGGAACAGGAUCAAUAAGAAGCAGGACCUAGUGAAAGUGGCCAUUUCAGAGAAACAUGCUCAGCUAUGGGAGGUGGAGCAGACCUUCAAAAAGAAGGGCAAUGGAAUGAUAGAUGAAUUUGCAGUUUCUGACCAGCUCUGGGAACCUGUCUUUUCUUCCACUUUUUCCUGUGCCUCUGAGCCUCUGGAUCACAUCGAGCCCCCUCCCCAGGCCAAACCCCUGCCCGUGCAGGCGGAUGAACGUCAUCCCUGGAGACGCAAGAGAAUGGGAGACGAGGUGGAGGAAAGUCACCGGGUCGAGCGCAUCGAGAUGUCCAUCCAGGAGCGCAAACAGCUCAUCACAGCCCGAGAAGAUGCUUGGAAGGUCAGAGGUCUCGGAGCAGCCAACGACUCCACCCAGUUCACCGUGGCUGGUCGGAUGGUCAAGAAAGGUCUGGCAGCCCCCACUGUGCUGACAAAUACCACACUGACUCCUACAUCCUCAAAAAAUAAGAACACCAUCAGCAAACCUCAAGAAGAGAUUGAGGUCAGACAGGACAUGAAAGUUGAGUCAGACCGAAAGCUGGACAAACUGGAGUCCUUUCUGGGUCGACUCAACAGUAAAGUGGACAGUCUUCAGGAGACCACACUUACAGUCACAGAGAAGAAGGUGAAAGAGGUCAUGACCCUGGAUGAUGAGUGCUUUGAUAGGUUCUACAGGCACACUGAGGAGCUUGCCAACGUCACCAGCAAAGUGGAGAUCAGUGAUGACUUCGAUGCCAUCUUUGGACCUCAGAUGCCCAAACUGGCCUCAGACAUGGUGCAGCACAAGCGGGCGGUUCGUCCAGCCCGGAAUGUGCAGUCAUCCAGGAACCCUCUGAAGAUGCUAGCCUCACGAGAGGACAUUAGACACGAAUACACAGAGCAGAGACUCAACAUUGGAGUGCUGGAGAGCAAGAGGAUGAAACAGGAAAAGAUGGGUAAGAGCAGUGGUUUCUCUGCAGUGGCUCUGGCAGGCUUGGCGAGUAAGGAGAAUUUCAGCAAUGUAAGUCUGCGCAGUGUCAAAAUCACUGAGCAGAGCUCCCACAGCAGUGCAGUGCCCUACAAGAGCACCAUGCUCAUGCAGGUCAAAGGUCGGCGGCAUGUCCAGACCAGGCUAGUUGAGCCCAGAGCAUCCUCUUUAAACAGUGGCGAUUGCUUCCUGCUGGUCACACCAAACCACUGCUUCAUCUGGAUAGGAGAGUUUGGAAAUGUUAUUGAGAAGGCUAAGGCCGCAGAGUUGGCAACCUUCAUACAGACCAAGCAUGACCUGGGCUGUAGAGCCUCAUAUGUGCAGACCAUAGAGGAGGGUAUCAACACACACAGCCACGCAGCCAAGGAAUUUUGGAAGAUCUUGGGAGGGCAAGCAAGCUACCAAGCUGCAGGGACUCCAGAGGAGGAUGAGUUCUAUGAGACUGCCAUAGUGGAGACAAACUGUGUCUACAGGCUGCAGGAAGACAAGCUGGUGCCUGAUGAUGACUACUGGGGCAGAGUGCCCCGCUGCUCCAUGCUCAGCCCCACAGAGGUGCUGGUGUUUGAUUUUGGCAGUGAAGUGUAUGUAUGGCAUGGCAAAGAGGUGACAUUAGCACAGAGGAAAGUGGCAUUUCAGCUGGCAAAGCACCUGUGGAAUGGAACCUUUGAUUACACAACAUGUGACAUCAACCCUCUCGACCCAGGAGAGUGCAACUCACUUAUACCCAGGAAAGGGCAGGGCCGGCCAGAUUGGGCCGUGUUUGGUAGGCUGACCCAACACAACGAGACCACAUUGUUUAAGGAGAAGUUUCUGGACUGGAAUGACUCCAAGAAAACUUCAAAGAAGAAUGGCAAUGGAGAAACCAUUGAAAACAAGGAGGGCCAGAGUGGUGACUGCCGGCCGUACGAUGCCUCUCUGAUGUUGCCACUGUCGCGAGCACCUGUUCGGACUGUUCUGGACGGAGUGGACGUGGGUCGCGGUUAUGGAUUGGUGGGUGGAGAGGAUGGGCGAGGCUUUGAGAUAAGCACGCUGUCUGUGGAUGUGUGGCAUAUUCUGGAGUUUGACUACAGUCGCCUGCCUAAACAGAGCAUAGGGCAGUUCCAUGAGGGAGACACAUAUGUGGUUAAAUGGAAGUACAUGGUCAGCACAGCAGUUGGGAAGAGGCUGAAUUCGGAGCGAGUUGUAGGCCCGGGGAAGGAGAAGUGUGCGUAUUUCUUCUGGCAGGGUCGUAACUCCACUGUAAGCGAGAAGGGAACAUCGGCUUUGAUGACUGUGGAGCUGGACGAGGAGAGAGGAGCACAGGUCCAGGUGCAGCAGGGGAAGGAGCCCCCCUGUUUCCUGCAGUGUUUUAAUGGAGGGAUGAUCAUUCAUGCAGGGAAGAGGGAAGAGGAGGAGGAGAAUGCGCAGAAUGACUGGCGUUUGUACUGUGUCCGAGGAGAGAAGCCAGUAGAGGGCCACCUGCUGGAGGUUGUGUGUCACUGCAGCAGUCUUCGCUCUCGAACCUCCAUGAUUCUGCUGAAUAUCCCCAAAGCCAGCAUGUACCUGUGGCAUGGCUGCAAGGCUCAACCGCACACACGUGAUGUGGGCUGCACUGCCGCUAACAAGAUCAAAGAGCAGUGUCCUCUGGAGGCAGGUCUUCACAGCAGCAGUAAGGUAACCAUCCAGGAGUGUGAUGAAGGGACAGAACCAGUGGGCUUCUGGGAAGCUCUUGGCCGGCGAGAUAGGAAGGCAUAUGAUUGCAUGAUUCAUGAUUUAGGGAAGUUUAACUUCACACCACGACUGUACCAGUUGAGCAGUGCUUCAGGGGAAUUUACUGCUGUGGAGUUCAUCUGUCCAUCCAGAGAGCCAAACCUGGUCAACUCGAUGCCCUUCCAUCAGGAGGACCUGUACACUGCUGCUCAGCCAGCUCUUUUUUUGGUGGAUAAUCAUCACGAGGUGUACCUGUGGCAGGGCUGGUGGCCUCAGGACAGUGAGAACACAGGCUCCGCCCACAUCCGCUGGGACUCAGACCGGAAAUGUGCCAUGGAAACUGUGCUCCAGUACUGCCAAGAGAAGAAUGACAAGAAGCCUCCAAAAGCCUACCUGAUCCACGCUGGCCUGGAGCCUCUUACCUUCACUAAUAUGUUCCCCUCCUGGGAGCAUAGAGAGGACAUUGCUGAGAUCACAGAGAAGGAAGCAGAAGUAUGUAAUCAGAUCAUUCUGGUGGAAGAUGUCUUGGCCAGACUGUGCAAGACCACCUAUCCACUGGCUGAUCUACAGGCCCGGCCGCUUCCUGACGGUGUCGACCCUCUGCGCCUUGAAAUCUACCUAUCAGAUGAAGACUUUGAGGGUGUAGGGGCCUAUGGUAAGAAAGCUCUGGAGAUGACGAGGAGUGAGUACGAGGCACUGCCGGGAUGGAAGCAGGUGAACGUGAAGAAAGCUAAGGGAUUGUUCUAGCGGGUUUGGAGAGUCUGUGUGUUGUAAUAUGGGGCGAUAAUCGCUGCAGAGUGACUGCAUGAGAUGGAACAAGCAUGUGGAGGAGCUUCAUACUGCCUUUCUAACUGGACUCCGAACGCACGGGUAUAGGUCCGUAGGUGUCAGUCCACCGGAAAGGGUAGUAAGAGAAGAAGAAAAGAGUGGCGGAUGUGAACAGAGAUCAGCAGAGGUUUACCAGCCUCUUGUAGCAUAUCUCUUCCUUCUCUCCCUUUGUUUUCUUUAUUUUCACUUGUUUAUGUAAAAAGGUAUAAAUGCAUAGUGGAAAUUGUAAUGCUUCUUUGAUCAAUUUUUGUUUGUCUUCCUUUUUUUGUUUAUUGUUUUCUUUUCAUGCAUUCAUUCCACUACAUGUCCACGUAGCAGGAGCUGCGCUGCCAUACUGUUGCCUGUAAACACAGAGUCAGAAACGAGUCAGGCAGUGUCCAGCUCUUGCCACCAGUCUGUUUUUAAUUUUGAUGUGUUUCUUAUAAUUUAUACUUAUAAUGAAGACUUGUGGGAAUAAAUGUACAGUAAGAAGUCUAAAUUGUAUCACUGAUAGUGGGAGUCAUAUGUAGUGACGGUCCAGUCUAAUGCCACUCAUAGCCAGACCUUCUACAUGCCAUCACUGAUUCUUCUGCUACCACAGAGGUGCUGAAGUUGUGUGUGUGUGUGUGUGUGUGUGUGUGUGUGUGUGUGUGUGUGUGUGGGUGAGGAUGUGUGUGGAUGUGUGUUCAUUUUUAUUUUUUUUUUCGGCAUGGAUUCAUUGAAUACUAUAGAAAGGGAGGUGAAUCAAAUCUCCUUACUACAGUGUAUAGUGCCUUUGCUUUCUUGUACAGUUUAUAUAAAGAAAUGUGAUAGUCUGCAAUUUUAUGACUUUUGUGAAUAUAUAAAUAUUAGAGGAAAAUAAACAAUAUAAAUCUGAAAUCUUGUGCUUUUUAUUUUGUAU